UCAGAAUAUUGCAUUCAUUUACACUCAUUACUUUUGUCAACGUUUACUAUCCUUGUUAAACAUCGUCACCCAAUCCUUCUACUUUCCACAAGAUAACCCCUGGACCAAACACUUUCAAAGAUUAUCCACUAAAUCUUAUUAGCCCCGCUCCACAACAACCAACCCCAGUCUCACCCAUCCAUCAAACUUACCACUCUUUGAAAUAAAACCAUCUUCUUUCCCCAACCCAUCUGGAUCUGUUCCUCUUUUACCCACCACCUAUUUACAUUCCUUACAACCAGUCUUUCGAGGCACUUACACUCCUUCAAAAGGCUUGUCAUUCUUCGAAAGAAUCUCCUUCACGAGUACAGCAGUGCUGCCAAUCUUUUAACGCCCAAUUUCUUUAACGAAACGCGGUCCAAGUACCCUCACUUUCUCGAAGAAAGCAAAGAAGUUCCAACAAGGAAACACAACCCACAUUACCAUCACCAUCAUUCAAAAAUGCGUUCCUCAAUCGCCAUCGCUUCCCUCUGCGCUGCAUUUGCAGUCGCUUCCCCAAUCGUCAAGAAGGGUAUCGAAAUCGCUGCUCCCGCCGAUGAAGUCGUCGAGACACAUGUUGAAGUCGUCACAAACGUCGUCAUGGUCACCGUUACUGGAGAGCCCGUCAUCGUCACCGCUGAAGCACCUACCCCAGCCGCCGUCAUCGUGACUGUCACUGCCCCAGAACCCGUUAUUGUGACUGCCACUGCCCCAGCUUGGUCUGCACCAGUUUGGUCUUACCCUCACAGAUACUCCCACUCUCAAGCCCCACCGGCACCAACCUCAACUUCCGAAGCCGUUGUCAUCGUCACUGAAACUCAAGCCGCUCCCACCCAAGCCCCACCUACCACUACUCCUGCUCCCCCAGCUACUAUUGAGGCUGCCGAUGCCAAGAUUGUCAAAUCAUCUCCAAGCUCCGUCGCUCCUGUUGUAGAGAGCACACCGGUUCCCUCUGCCACCAAUGCUCUUAGCCCAUCUGCCGUAGUUGCACACAAUGAUGCCCGUGCUAGCCAUCAAGCUAGCGCCAUGUCCUGGAAUCAAACUCUUGCUGAUUAUGCCGCCAAAGAGGGUAGCUGCGCCACUUUCGCACAUGACUUGUGAGUUUUCUUCAUAUCUCUUCUAUACCAUAAUGUAAUGCUAACAUAAAAUAGGACCGCUGGUGGUGGUGGAUACGGACAAAACAUUGCUGUUGCCGGAAAUUCCAACUCUGCUGCUUACACCACUGAAGGUGCUCUCGCCGAUGCCAUCAAGGAAUGGUACGCUGAGGAAUCCCUUUAUGGUUCCUUGUACGGUGUCUCCAACCCAUCUGAGUCCGUUGGUGAUUUCUUGCAUUUCACCCAAAUGGUUUGGCAAGGAUCCCACCAAGUCGGGUGUGCCGUUAAGACUUGCGGAACCGACAACACUAUCUACCCAGGCAUGCACGUCUGGUACAGCGUCUGCAACUACUAUCCGGCUGGAAAUGUCAUUGGUGAAUUCGACAUCAACGUCCUCAAUUAAAUGAUAUCAUGCCCGUUUGCACAUAAAGGAGUUAUUGGCGUUUAAGCUCUGGAGCUUAACUUACCUUUCAUGUAUGAACUUCUAUUGAGAGGAGGUUUUGUUUCCGAGCGCUGGGCCGCGACUCAUACCUUCGAUACGCAGCUGAUGACAUUAUAUUAAAAAAAAUGGAUAGAUUUGGACGGAACUGGCGAUUUCCCAGGGUGUUUGACGACAUUCUUGAACUUAUGUGUUGCGCCUUUUAGAAUACCCCUCGAUUAGCUUGGGUCCCUAACUGCUUUUGUUAUUUCGCACGUAUUGGCAUUCUGUCCAUUAUUCAAUUCUUGUACAUAAUUGAACAUAUAGGAUCCUUGAGAUGCCUUUUUUCCAAUACUUCCCCAGUUCUUGAUUGCAUUGUGAUUGUAAAUUUGAUUGUGAAUGGUUGUCGUUUUGAGUCUACCGAAGUGUGACAUUUGUCCUCUUGCUUGACAACCGAGAGAGGAGACAACAUCUUAGUUUAUAGGUAAUCUCUAGGAUGAUUCGUCUAUACCUCUGUUGGGUUCUAGGCCAUGGAUCGAUUAGGUUCGGAGUGAUCUGCGAUGAUGUGACGAUAUAUCGGUAGGCAUGAUUGAAGUGAGGUGUGGUUGAGAUGAA